AAUAGUACACUGUUUUAAAUGUUGAAAAUAAGUCCUUAUGGCAUUUUGAUUUAUCUCUGUGAACAUAGGGGUAGUCUAUUUUGAACUGUCUUGACCUCUGAUGGUUUCAUUUUGGAGGCAGGGAACAAUGUGGUAUUUGAAAAAAAAAAUACAGCCAAGAAUUUCUAAAAAUUUGUAAUUUUGCUCAUACAUAAAAUAAUUUUAUUUAAUCAUUGUAUACACAGAAAAUACACCUAUUGCUGUAGGAUUUUUAUAUACAUGAUUCAAAUGUUAUACUCUCCUGCCUCUUGUACACCUGUAGAACUUUAAGGCAAGGAAAAAAAUCUUAGUGAUCUCCUUACUUAAGGAUAAAUUAAGGUGUUUUACAUGGCAGCUUUCUAAAACUUUAACGAUAUAACCUCAUCUUUGUGCAAUAUAACCCAAUUUAUUAAACACUCCGAAAUAAAAAUGAGACAAAUUUUUUAUAGAAUUGAUACUUUUUGGUGAUACUUAGAAUUUUAUGUUUGAAAGGGAAAUACACAUAUGUAAUUAUAAGGAAUAUGCUUAGUGAUAGUAUUUGCCAUUAGGUUCCAAGUCUGAUUAUCUUAAAUAUAGGAUACAUCACUUGAAAUGAAAUGGAAUCCUUGCUUUCAGAACUAGCUUAAAGCUAGUGUGACUUUAUUAAUCAUUAAGGAAGAAAAUCAAUUGUACAUUUAUAAGUAAAUGAUAUUCUGAAAGGAACAAUUUGCUAAAUGUUUGUAUGUGAUUGAUCUUAUCUCUACCAUAUUUAGGAAGCAGUCAUGUUUCUUGAGUCCUCAAAACUAUGAGACAAGAGACUGUAGUAGAGUGAGGCCAGAAGUCCUUACUGGCUCAAAGAACUCGAGGGAAACUGGGAUAAAACAUUUUACAUUAUAAGUAGAACCCCGGGAGCCAGAGGUGAAACACAAGUUUAUCUGCAGAGCUCCGCUGCAGGGCUGAGCUGGGUCUGGAAGAAAUGGAUGAGAGCCACUGGAUGAAAUUCACUAAUACUAGACACCUGAGUCUUCUAGUAAUGUAUAAAUAUCCCAACUAUUGUCUGUUGUCAUCAUGUUCUUUUUUUUCCUUUUUCUUCUUUUAUAACCUACAUUUUAAUUGGAACAUUAGUGCUACAGUUUUGUUCUUUUGCUCGCUUCUAUCACUUCCCCUGUGGCUUGUCACCCUUACUGUGUCUUAUUCUCCAUUAUCUUUGAUUUAUUUCCUUUCACGUAGCCCUUCCUUUACUUAUUCUUCUCACAUAAAGCAUCUAAUCAAGGUUUUUAUUUUCCUUUGUGAUGAGAUUUGCACACCUAGUUCUAAGGCCUAUUUUCCAUUGCAUUUUUUUUCUCACAACAACUGACUUUCGCUUAAACAUAUUUAAACUCUUUUAAAACCAUUUUUUUUACAGAUAUCUGUGAAUGAACUUUGCUAAGUAUGGAAUCAGGUGGUGGAAGUCUUGGAUUGCACACAUCAGACUGUAGAAUGGCCCAUACCAUGAUUAUGCAGGAUUUUGUGGCUGGAAUGGCUGGUACUGCACAUAUCGAUGGAGACCAUAUUGUUGUUUCAGUUCCUGAGGCUGUAUUAGUUUCCGAUGUUGUCACAGAUGAUGGGAUAACCCUUGAUCAUGGCCUUGCAGCUGAAGUUGUUCAUGGACCCGAUAUCAUCACUGAGACUGAUGUAGUAACAGAAGGUGUAAUUGUUCCUGAAGCUGUACUUGAAGCUGAUGUUGCUAUUGAAGACGAUUUAGAGGAAGAUGAUAGUGAUCAUAUAUUGACUUCUGAGCUAAUUACAGAAACUGUUAGAGUACCUGAGCAGGUGUUUGUGGCUGACCUUGUUACUGGUCCUGAUGGACACUUAGAACAUGUGGUCCAAGAUUGUGUUUCAGGAGUUGACUCUCCCACAAUGGUAUCAGAGGAGGUUCUUGUAACUAAUUCAGAUACAGAAACUGUGAUUCAAGCAGCUGGUGGUGUUCCUGGUUCUUCAGUUACUAUUAAAACCGAAGAUGAUGAUGAUGAUGAUGAUGAUGAUGAUGAUGUCAAGAGCACUUCUGAAGACUACUUAAUGAUAUCUUUGGAUGAUGUUGGGGAAAAAUUAGAACAUAUGGGGAACACACCAUUAAAAAUCGGCAGUGAUGGUUCACAGGAAGAUGUUAAAGAAGAUGCAUUUGGUUCAGAAGUAAUAAAAGUGUAUAUAUUUAAAGCUGAGGCUGAAGAUGAUGUUGAAAUAGGUGGAACAGAAAUUGUCACAGAGAGUGAGUACACCAAUGGACAUUCUGUAGCUGGAGUGCUUGACCAGAGCCGAAUGCAGCGGGAGAAGAUGGUUUACAUGGCAGUUAAAGAUUCUUCUCAAGAAGAAGAUGAUAUUAGUUGCGCUGAAAUAGCAGAUGAAGUUUACAUGGAAGUCAUUGUAGGGGAAGAGGAAGGAACUUCUCUCCCUGAGACUCAGCUUGAGGACUCUGAUGUUAAUAAAACAAUUGUCCCUGUUGUCUGGGCUGCGGCAUAUGGAGAUGAAAGAAGAGUUUCCCGGAGGUAUGAAGAUUGUCAAGCAUCAGGAAAUACCUUGGACUCAACAUUAGAAAGCAGAAGUAGUACAGCAGCACAGUACCUUCAAAUUUGUGAUACCAUUAAUACAAAUAAAGUACUUAAACAAAAAGCUAAGAAGAGGAGAAGGGGAGAAACCAGGCAGUGGCAAACAGCUGUUAUAAUAGGCCCUGAUGGACAGCCCCUGACAGUAUACCCUUGCCAUAUUUGCACAAAAAAGUUUAAAUCCAGGGGAUUCUUGAAAAGACACAUGAAGAAUCAUCCUGAUCAUUUGAUGAGAAAAAAAUACCAAUGUACAGAUUGUGACUUUACAACUAACAAGAAAGUGAGUUUCCAUAACCACUUGGAAAGCCAUAAGCUUAUAAACAAAGUUGACAAAACCCAUGAAUUUACAGAAUACACACGAAGAUACAGAGAGGCUAGUCCACUGAGUUCAAAUAAACUUAUAUUAAGAGACAAGGAGCCGAAGAUGCACAAGUGCAAAUACUGUGACUAUGAAACAGCAGAACAAGGACUGUUAAACAGACAUUUACUGGCUGUUCACAGCAAGAAUUUUCCUCAUGUUUGUGUUGAGUGUGGGAAGGGCUUUCGACAUCCUUCUGAACUCAAGAAACAUAUGAGAACCCAUACUGGUGAGAAGCCAUAUCAAUGUCAGUAUUGUGUCUUCAGGUGUGCAGAUCAGUCAAAUCUGAAAACUCACAUUAAGUCUAAGCAUGGUAACAAUUUACCAUAUAAAUGUGAGCAUUGUCCUCAAGCAUUUGGUGAUGAGAGGGAGCUUCAACGCCAUCUGGAUUUGUUUCAAGGACAUAAGACACACCAGUGUCCUCAUUGUGACCAUAAGAGUACCAACUCAAGUGACCUUAAGCGGCACAUCAUAUCUGUCCAUACUAAGGAUUUUCCUCACAAAUGUGAGGUCUGUGAAAAAGGUUUCCAUCGUCCUUCUGAGCUCAAAAAGCAUAGUGAUAUACAUAAGGGUAGGAAGAUUCAUCAGUGUAGGCACUGUGACUUUAAAACAUCAGAUCCAUUUAUCCUUAGUGGUCAUAUUCUUUCAGUUCAUACUAAGGAUCAGUCAUUGAAGUGUAAAAGGUGCAAGAGAGGGUUCAGACAACAAAAUGAGCUCAAAAAACAUAUGAAGACCCACACUGGAAGAAAGAUCUACCAAUGCGAGUAUUGUGAAUAUAGCACUACAGAUGCAUCUGGCUUUAAACGACAUGUGAUAUCAAUACAUACAAAAGACUACCCACACAGGUGUGAAUUCUGCAAGAAGGGAUUCCGAAGACCAUCAGAAAAAAAUCAGCAUAUUAUGAGGCACCACAAGGAGGCUCUUAUGUAAUAAGAUCAAUAUAAAGCUAUUUCAAAAAUAGGAUAUGCUACAUGGGAGGAAAAUUUCAUGAACUGUUUCAUCUAGUUCCAAAGCUUGAUAGUAAAUCAUAACUUUACAUUCUUUGUAUUAGAGAUCUUGAAAUAUUUCAAUUGACAGGGGAUUUCAUUGCCCUUUGAAAAUUACUUAAAGAAUUUAAAAAGCACCAUAGAAUGGUUGCAGAAAAACUCUUAAGUGUCUAUUUAAUAGUAUUAUAUGCAUAAUUAAACUACAGAAGGGCAAAGCAAAGACAAUAACUUUAUUUGGCUGAUCAUACUAGAGAUAAAUGUUUCUGAAAAGAUCAUAUUUAGUUGAGUUUAGCAAUGUUUUGCUGUGGCAAGCAAGUCUCACUUUUAUGUGAUUUUAGAAAUGAGGUGGGGCAAGAAAAUACAGUCAUCCAUCAGUCACUUAGUCAUUGAGCCUUUUUUAUGGCAACUGAAAAUUGAUUUCCAGAAAUGACAAAAGUUUUGUGUAUUCAUUAAAAGAAAUUUCGCUGGAAAACAGCUUAUACUAAUUCAAUACUAUUAAAGAGAUUUUCAGAGCUGCUAAGAUUUUAUUACAAGAUGGGAUAUUUAAAAUACAGCAUUCUUUGGAAGUCUAAAAUGAAAUCUAAGAUUAAAGUUCCCUUUUUUCUGAUGUUCAAGUUGAUUUUUCAGUAUGGCAUAUAUGACAAAAGUAUAUUUGAGUCAGAUGUGGCUUUCUAAAACAGAUGCAACAGUAGUGUUGCAAAUAAAGUUAGCACUAUUUCUUUACGAUCUAAAGAUUAAAUUGAGAGAACACAGUUUUCUUAAAUAUGAUGUUUAGAAGUUUCUUUUUAGGGCAGUCUCAGCAAGUAUGAUUAGAUAGUCUUACUUGCUUUAAUGGUUAAAGGUGCAAUUUUAUGCCAUUAUUGAAAAUUUUUAUUUUUAAAAUCUAUAUGCCAUAUUAUUAACAUGCAUUUUCAAUGUGAGGCAGCAUAAAUGCAGUAUUUAACAAAACUGUGUUGCCAAUAGAGUUUGGAGGUGGAUAUUCAGUUUACAGUGUAUAAAUUUAAAAUAUGCAUCCUUUUAACAACGCUUUGUGUUAGCAUGCUGCAACUCAAAAUGGCGCUUAAUAUAAAAAGCUGGUUUAGGGAAAUUUAAUGAAAAUCCUGUUCAUAAUUGUAAUGCAUAUGAUGUGUACUUUUAAGUUAUAGUUGCUUCAUGUUUACAAUCAGCUGUUCAACAUAAUUAAAAUGUAAUUUUACUUUAUACUAUAUUGUGGUUUUGUGUUUGAAGUAAUGUUCACCUUUCUGUUUUUGCACCAGAUAAGAAUCUGUUCUUGAGAAUAAAUUUUUUAUCUUUCUUAACUUCAGAAUAUUAAAUUUGGAAAAUUUUAAAUAGUGUGUUAUGUGGCUGUAAAUGAUGUACACGCUGUAAAAUAAGAUUGUCAUUGUUAUGUGGGAUUAUUAUUUCUAAAUGUUACUCAUUGAAAUGAGCAUACAAUAAAAAGCAUUUAUUGCACUUCAAGGUUUUAUGAAUUUAUUUAAAGUUUGUUGUAAUGUUCACUCUUUGUUAAAAGACUUUUUACUUAAAAUUGCUUGUAAGUAAUUUGGUCCACAAUUUAAUGUCUUGUAGAUUUUGUGCAUUAACAACAUGAGCUAGGAACUUAAACAAUUAUGAUGACUAUGGCAUGAUUAUUCCUCAAAAUGUAUAUUUCUGCUAAAACCAUGAUGAAAUACUGUAAAGGUGCUCAUCUUAAGAUUUGGGAUUUAGUAUUAUAGAGAAAACUAAAAAAUCCUAACCUAAGUAACACAGUCCUGAGAAAAGGAAUCUAAUUAUGUUCCAAAUAGACCAAUAUACAUUCAAAAGGAGAAGCAUUAAAUCAAGUAUUUGGGAAAGAUUUCUGUAAGUGAGUGUAAAAAUAACCUGCUAUAUUCAUACCAGUCAACAUUCAAUAGAAUUCAUGUACCUAGAUAUAUAGCCCUGUUGCUUAAAAUUGUCAGUUGGGUUAAUUAUUCUUUAAUGAUCGCUAACAGUAAAAGAAGUCUUUUAGCCUUUGUAUGUCAGACCAAUGCUUUUUUUAAAAAAAAAAUUUUUAAUUUAUUUAUUUAUGAUAGUCACAGAGAGAGAGAGAGAUAGAGAGAGAGAGAGGCAGAGACACAGGCAGAGGGAGAAGCAGGCUCCAUGCACUGGGAGCCCGAUGUGGGAUUCGAUCCCGGGUCUCCAGGAUCGCGCCCUGGGCCAAAGGCAGGCGCCAAACCGCUGCGCCACCCAGGGAUCCCUAGACCAGUGCUUUUUAAGCUUUAAGGUCUGUGGAGUUCACCUAGGGAUCUUGUUAAAAUACAUUUUCUGAUUUAGUAUGUGUGAGAUGGGGCCUACAAUUCUGCAUUUCUAGUAAGCUCCCACGUGUUACUACCAUAGGGUUAACGUGUUAGACAGAAAUACCCCAGUGUAAUUCUGGUAUGCUUUGGCAACUUCGCUUAAACAGAUAUCUAUACCUAAGUGGAUGGGGCAAUCUGUACUGAAGACAUGGGUAACAUUAGUGACAAGAAGGAACCAGUCAUAUGUGGAAGAGCAGAAAAGCAUGCAAAUACAAAUACAAAUAACCUCAGAUGGAACAAGCUUUGGCAGGACCAUGGUGAAAGAGACUGACUGAUAGAUGAGAAUUUGAAAUGGGAAAUCAGAGGAGUUUAAGGAAGGGAAUAAUAUGAUAUGAUUUACAUUUUGAAGAUCAUUCUGGAGGUUACAUGAGGAAUGCAUUGUAGAGAAGCUGAGAGAAGCAGAGAGCCAUGUGAAGAGAUUAUUCCAGUUAUUCAUAGUUAUAGUGUACCUGGAGAAAAACAGAUGGAUUUUCUUUUAUUUAUAUUGGAUCUAGAGGGGCACGUGGAUGGCUCAGUCAGCUGAGCAUCUGAUUCUUAGGUUUUGGCUCAGGUCAUGAUCUCAUGGGUUUUGAGACUAGCCUGCCCAUAGGGCUCUGUGCUCAGUGCAGAGUCUGCUUAAAGAUUCUCCCCUCUGCCCCUUCCCCAACUUGGACAUGCACAUGGUAUUUCUCUCUCUCUCUCUCUCUCUCUCUCAAAUAAAUCUUUAAAAAAAUAAAUUGGGUCUAGAAAACCUCAGCUAAGAUAAAACAGGUAAGAAUUCAGCCCAUGUUACAAACAAUAGAUUGUCUUAAAAAAUACAGAUUUUACCAGCAGGUCAAAGUGCCUUCACAAGGAGGAGAAACAAUUUAGGAAUUGCUAAAAAAAUCAUUUUUCCUAAACAGUUCACAAUCAUUAUGUGGAGAUGUAUUUGUCUGAUUGUCACUUCUAAAUGGCCUAUGCCAUGAUAUAGAGGAAAGUACUGGAAUUGUUACUCAGAUAGGGCUCUCCAAUUCAUGUCUCAUAGAGGACAACUACCAGUUGAACCUUGAAUUGCCCUUAAAGAUAUGUAUGGCAUAUAUGUGAUAUGAUAGGUAACUUUUAUUGCAGAAAAAUUUCAACCAUAUAAAAAAAUAAAAUAUAGUGAAGCCCUAUAUAGCUAUCACCCACCUUCAAUAAUCAUGGCAAAUUUUGACUCAUUUACAUUCUUCCUCACUCUUCCCUUCACCCACCUACCUCUGAUUGGUUUAAUCCGAAGAUUCCCCUUCUCCCAGUGGUUUAAUUUGAAGUAAAUCCCUGAAACUUUUUAAAAAAGUUUUUAAGGAAGAUACAGCACAAUUCUUAAAUAUGCCUACUUCCAGGAAAAA